UUGUGUGUGUGUGAGCAUGACAAUGUACAAACAAAAUGUUUUUAUUAAUGAAAUUUCGUACGUCAAAACAAUAUUCUGCCUGUUGCUGCUCAUCAGAGCAAGCACUGCAACGCUGAGACCACACGCCGAAUCCAGCACUGAUAUGGCCGUAUUGCAACUAGCUUCAACCACGCCCACACCAAUACCAGUACACAGCUGCAGCAACUGGACGGCAGCUCCGGAGGCCGCCGUGGGCAACUGCAGAUUUGGCAAGCAGGCAGCUCAGAUCAGUUGCUAUGGCGGCAUGAAUAAUACAGCCCAGCAGCGUGAAUUACUCUUGGCUGAGCAGCUGCUGCUCUGUGGCUGGCCACAGCUCGUGUUCAAUCCACACAGAGAGCUGCAGCAGUUUACGCAGCUGCGCAGCUUAACAAUAGAGAACAGCGGCUUUAAGGAGUUUGUUUUUGACUUUCCGGAGCUGUUUUAUCUGCAGGCCAUUAACAUAUCGUGGACGAAUCUGUCGCAUAUCACAGCGCAUACUUUUAAGCAAAUGUUCUCAUUGAAAAUAUUGGACUUGCGCUGGAAUCAGUUGAUGCAGCUGGAAGGUCCUUUGCUGCAGCUGCUGCCGCGUAGCUUUGAGCAGCUUUAUCUGGGCGGCAAUCCUUGGAACUGCACUAGUCAAUUCAAUUGGAUGCUGCUGCAGCCAGAGAAGGCGCGCAUGCUAGCGGAUCGCGAGGAGCUGCUGUGCACAGAUCGCAAGUUUAAGGAGCGACAAAUGCUGCUGGUCAUGCAUUAUGAGCUGUUGCUCAAAAGCGAGUGCGAAUCUCAUUCAGAUCUACAAAACUGCAGCUGUGUUAUGCAUCACAUUAUUCCCAAGUCACACAUUCCACUCUACACAGUCAACUGCUCGCAUCUGCAAUUCCAACGUCUGCCAGAUUACUUGCCAGCCAACACUACAACGCUGCUCAUAAAUAAUAAUGAGAUCAGCGACGUUAAUCCCUUGCGUGAUAAUCCGCACUACCGACAUGUGGUCGAUGUGCAUCUGCAGCACAAUCUCAUCUCGAAUAUCGACAUACUUGAGGACACCUUUUGGCUGGAGCACUUUCGUCUCUUCAAUCUGCGUGGCAAUCGAUUGCGCAAACUGCAGGUCUAUGCCCUGGACAACGCCUUGAACGAGAAUGAGAAUGUAAAUCUUUUGCUGCUGAGCAAAAAUCCUUGGCACUGCAACUGCAAGUUUGGCAUGCGUCUGCGUGAGCUGCUCACCAAGUACAAGGACAUUGUGCGCGAUGCGUGGAAUGUUAGCUGCACCUAUAUGCAGGACGAUGAGUUGCGCUUGAGUAAGGUGCUUAUGCUAUCACGUCAGGAUAUCUGCAACAUUGGCGCUGAGAACGAGACGCGCAUACAUUAUUUAGACUGGCUCAACGGUGUCAUGGCCAGUCUUAUUAUUCUCAUCCUGGGCAAACUGGCUUAUGAUUAUUAUUUCUAUAAAUAUCACAAUCGUGUGCCUUGGAUUGUCCUGAAGCUGCCUUAGCUGCAAAGCAUUUGUAGUCCUGCGAUCUCUUGUCGCACAAGUAUUUUGUUGAUGAGUAUCUUAGCUUUAGUUGUGUGUGUGGCUCACAUAAAAAGCACAAUGCGCUUGCUAAUAUAAGUUUAUACACUACGCUGAAAUUAUAUCAUAACAUACAUUAUAAUAAGUUGUAUUAUAGUUGUAUUAGUCAAAUAUCUCAAUUAGUUUGGGCUUUAUCUUAAAGGCGACAAAGUUAUACCAGUCGGAGAUAUGUCGCCAUGCCAGUCUUCCAAAUGUUUAUAAAUGUAUUUAAGCACAAUAUUUAAAUU